AUGACGCCAUCACCUUCUGAAGCCGCCGCAAAGGUUGCGCAAGCCGCUGCCGGCACCAACUCGUCCGCAAAGGUGUACAAGAGGGAGUCCAACACAGCUAGGGUCCUGGGUGCAGGAUGUGCGGGAAUCGCAGAGCUCAUGGUCUUCCACCCGGUCGACACGACGGCGAAGCGGUUGAUGAGCAACAUUGGCAAGAUUGAGAACGCUGCACAUCUCAACAAGGUCGUCUUCAGAGACGCAGCCGGCGCGUCAGUCUCUGGGCGAUUCUUCUCACUGUUCCCCGGUCUCGGAUAUGCCGCCGCAUACAAGAUCCUCCAACGAGUAUACAAGUUCGGCGGACAGCCCUUCGUACGCGACUACCUCGCCCACAACCACGGUGACAGCUUCGACCGCGCAUUCGGCAAGGGCAACGGCAAGGCUAUCAUGCACGCGACUGCCGGUUCCAUAAUCGGUAUCGGUGAGAUUGUCCUCCUGCCAUUGGAUGUUCUCAAGAUCAAGCGACAAACCAACCCUGAGGCUUUCCGAGGCCGUGGGCUGUUCAAGAUCAUCUCCGACGAAGGGCUCGGGCUGUACCGUGGUUGGGGAUGGACGGCAGCGCGUAACGCUCCAGGAUCAUUCGCACUCUUCGGUGGAUCCGCUGUCGCCAAGGAGUACUUCUACAAACUCACCGACUACAACUCGGCCUCAUGGUCGCAAAACUUUGUCGCCUCCAUCGCCGGAGCCAGCGCAUCGCUUGUCGUCUCUGCCCCUCUCGAUGUCAUCAAGACGCGUAUCCAGAACAGGAACUUUGAGAACCCCGAGAGCGGCUUCAGGAUCGUGUCCAACAUGAUGAAGCACGAGGGUCCCACGUCCUUCUUCAAGGGACUGACGCCCAAGCUGCUCAUGACAGGACCCAAGCUGGUCUUCUCCUUCUGGUUGGCCCAAACACUGAUCCCUGCUUUCGGCAAAAUAAUGUAA